CAUUUACAUUCUCUCUCUCUCAUUUUAUUAAUUUUCUCUCUAAUUUAGCUCUCUAUUUUGUAAACUCUCCCAAACACACACAUUCCUUUUUUUCUUCCCUUAUUAUAAAUUUUAUUGAGAAAGAGUAAACGUCUCUAUAUAAGAAUUUUUGUUUUAAAAGUUAUUUCUCUCUUUAAAUAUUUUUUUCUAAAUCAAUAAAAACGCUCAAUUUAAGAGACGUUCAAAUUUUAAAUUUUUUUAAAUUUUAGAUUUAAUUAAAGAAAAAUGAAUAUUUGUAAGCGCAAAGCUAUAAGUUUAGAAACAAAAAAGAAUAUUAUUGAAGAAUCCGAGGGAGGAGUAAAAAAUUCAGAAUUGUGUCAAAAAUUCAAUAUAGACAAAAGAUCAAUUUCAAAAAUUUUAAAAAAUAAAGAAGUUAUUUUAAACGCAAUUGGGAAGGGUGGAAGUAUAAAGAGGGUAAGAAUUACUGGAGGGAAGAAUAAAGAAUUGGAUGAGGCGUUGAUUGGUUGGGUAAGACUACAACAGGCUGAUAAUAUUCCGAUUAAUGGACCGAUACUUAAGGAGAAAGCCUUGGAAAUGUCAAAAAUUUUGAUGGGUGAGUCUUCAACUUUUGCUGCCAGUGACGGAUGGCUUUCACGUUUUAAAGAACGCCACGCUAUUACAUUUAAUAAAAUAAUAAAAGUGGAGGAAGGGGAAGCUGUGGAUAUGCAACAAUUUGAAGAUUCUGGACUUGAAGGAAUUUUUCAGGUUAUUUUUUCAUUGGGAUUUUUACCUUUUAACUUGAUUUUUCAUUCGGGGCAUGAACACUAG